CACCGGUUCCCCUUUUUCUGCAGCUUUAAGUCCGGGGAGCGAUUGCUCAAAGGUGGGGGCCGGAAGGACCCAGGUUUCCGCGCCGCCCGCCCCACUCCUGGGCGGGUGGGGAGGGGCCCUCCGCCCCCACCCCAGUUGGUCUGGCUGCUGCUCAGCCCUGGGAGGCGGUGAGGAGGCGCUGCGCCCCUGGCCAGGAGAUCAGGACCCUGCGCCGGCCCCCCAGACGCCCAGGAGAACCUCCAGCAGUCUGACCGGAGUUCCCGCAGCAGUGCACGCCCCUUCAGAGGCCAGGGUGGGGCCAGAGCGAACCUGGCCCCUCCCGCCCCCACCCCACCUUGGUCACUGAGCCGUGGCCAAGGUGAGGAUUCCGGAGCAGCACGGAGCCUGGGGGACCUUCCUGGGAGGUCCACCCAUGCCCACCCCGCAUGAGGCUGAGACACAGCACACAGGACCAGAGGAGGCAGACCAGCCUCCCUCCAUGUCCAGUCUUGAUGUGGCCUCCCCAGCGGACCCCCGUAACCCCUGCUGCUUGUGCUGGUGCUGCUGCUGCAGCUGCUCCUGGAAUGAAGGGAGGCGGAGAGCUUGGCGGGCCUCUAGGGAGACCAAGUUGCAGCCCCUCCCCAGCUGCGAAGCCUGCGCCCCGCCAAGCCUGGAGGAGGUGCGCAGCUGGGCACAGUCCUUCGACAAGCUGAUGCACAGCCCUGCGGGGCGCAAUAUCUUCCGCGAGUUCCUGCGCACGGAGUACAGCGAGGAGAACAUGCUCUUCUGGCUGGCCUGUGAGGAGCUGAAGGCUGAGGCUAACCAGCACGUAGUGGAUGAGAAGGCGCGCCUCAUCUAUGAGGACUACGUCUCCAUCCUGUCCCCCAAGGAGGUGAGCCUGGACUCCCGCGUGCGCGAGGGCAUCAACAAGAGGAUGCAGGAGCCAUCUGCACACACCUUUGACGAGGCGCAGCUGCAGAUCUACACGCUCAUGCACCGGGACUCCUACCCUCGCUUUCUCGGCUCCCCAGCCUACCGUGCCCUGCUGCUCCAGGGGCCCACACCGCCCUCCUCGGAGGCCUGAGCCUGCCUCCUGCACCAGGACCCUCGAGCGGGUUCCCCUGGGCUUCUCUGCCAGGCGGCUCUGCUCUGCCUCCAGGCCCUGCCCUGCCAGGUCUGGAGCUGCAAGUGUAGGGGCUCUUGCUGCCGGCUCCUGAACGGGGAGAAGGGGCCCUCCCAGGAGGCAUCCUUGGCCCCAGAAUUGCCUUUGCAGAGAACCGCACUUUUCUACCAAUUGGGCG